AUGGCAAACCUUCGAAUCCUCUACUUCUUUGCCUGGGCUACAUCUGCUGUGGCUCAGUUCCAGGGCUAUUCGCCUUUCGGACACAAUGAUCUCACCUACACGAUCCGUGUUCCAGAUAGCACCGCUAAUUCAAGCGCAGGGCCCAUCUAUUUCCAAUUGAAUUCUACAAGCCCGGUAGAAUGGUUUGCAUUAGGACAGGGAGCCUCAAUGCACGGCGCCAACAUGUUUGUGGUGUAUAUAUCGGGAAACAACCUGACACUUUCUCCUAGAUCUGGAAAGGGCCACUAUCAGCCUUUAUACAACAAACGUGCUCAAGUGUCUCUCAUCAAUGGAAGUGGGGUUCAUGAUGGAGUCGUCACCGCUAAUGUUCGCUGUGACAGCUGUAUUGUUUGGGGCGGAGGGAUGGAGAAUGUCACUAAUACCUUCAGUCCUUGGAUCUGGGCUGUGAAAUAUGGGAAAGCAUUGAAUACUCUCAGUAUGACUGCGACCAUUUCGGAACACGAUGCAUUUGGUACUUUCUUUGUGAACCUUCAACAAGCAACAGGGACAACUUCCGAUAACCCAUUCACAAACCUUGAUCGGUCUUCGAUUACUUAUGCCGUGCCGGAAGUCUUCGACUUUGAAGGGUUUGAUAAGAAGAGAACAGCCCACGCCGUUCUCAUGACAGUGGCUUUUGUCUUGCUGUUCCCGCUUAUCGCAUUGGCUCUUCAUGUGUUUCCGUCGUCCAGUAUUGUGAGAAUUCACGCGAUCCUCCAGCUUUUCACGCUGGCAGUUGUGAUCGCUGGAUUUGGACUGGGGAUUGCGAUGGCCAAGGAUAUCCAUCUUUUCAAGCAUCAUCAUCCCGUGAUAGGGAUAGUGGUUGUCGCCUGUCUGGUUCUCUUUCAGCCUGGAAUGGGCUUGUUGCAACAUCGACACUUUCUCAAGACCAGCGGCACAGGCCCCUUUGCUUUCCUGCAUCGAUGGCUUGGGAGGGCCCUGAUCAUUCUCGGGGUGAUCAACGUGGGACUGGGGUUUCAGCUCACAGGGAUCGAUAGCUCAGAUGUCCCUCGCGGGGCCGUCAUUGCCUAUGGCGUUGUUGCUGGAAUCAUCGGAUUGGUGUAUCUGGUGACUGUGGCUCUGGCUGGCCGUCGAGGACGAACUGUUUCGGACUAG